AUGGGAAACAUCUGUUCUCGAUCUAAAAACGAACCGGAACCUUUCUCACGUCCCGGUCGUCCUCUCGGCUCCAAUCCUCCUCAAUCAACUGGUGGUAACUCCUCCGGGCUGCGCGCCCCGCUCCCCUCGAAAUCCAACUUCGGUACGCCGGGGAGGACCCUAGGGGAUAGUUCCGAAUCAGGUGGUAGGAAUUUCGAUGCACGCGCUAAUGCUGCAAUAGCAGCGCAGAAACGCGCCGAGUCCGCAACGACGGGGAAAGGGAAAUUGGGCUCAAAAUUGGCGGCGCAGAAGGCGCAAACCCAGGCUCAGACAUUGAACGAUGCUAGUCUCUCCGAGAGAGCUGCGAGGGACGCAGAUAACGCAGCCGCCACUCGGAGGUGGGAUUGA